GCUCCAUCCUUUGUUGUCUCUAUAACACCAUUCUCAGUUAUUGUCUGUUACUUCGUUGUUGGCAUUUAAAGGACCACAACCUCACUUUGUGGUUCUCAUGCCUCUCUAUUUUUUCUAUGGCUUUUCUCUCUUCCUUCACUCCCUAGUCUCCAUCACUCACUCUGAUAUCAUACGUAUAUGAUGGUGCGCCUUAACCCACUAUAAUUCUUGCUUCCUGUUCCCCCUUUGUCUUUCUCACACAAAAUUGAAAUAUUUCAAGUGAAAUGAACGCCGGGCCUAUCUCAUUCUUCCCUUGAUCUUUCCAAUGGCACUUGCUGCAAACAAAGUUUCAAGCAGUCCUAUUGUGACUAAAAGAACAGCUCUGUGUGAAUCACAUGAAAAACAUUAUUUUUCCUCAUCAACAAGGAUCAAUAGAAUACAGUUUUCAAAACAUAGACUGGAACUUGGACAUCUGAAUCAUAGAUGUCUCCACACACAGAGAUCAACCAUAUUCAGUGACUGGUUUUGGUUCAUUAAUGGAAAACCAGUUGGUUUAAUCUCCAAGAAAUCUUCUAUCUCAUGUAAAUCAACAGGAGCAAAUAAUACUGAAGAGAAAGAAUGUAUUAGAACAUAUGAUGACAUUACUGAUUUAACUAGGGCACAUACCAAAGGCGAGAAAAAUGAUCAUACUCUUGUUGUUCAUGGCUUGGCUGAUGCAUGUAGAUUUGUUUGUAACGAUGCAAAGUUUCUCUCACGAGGCAUAAUGAGGCUUGAUGCUCGUGCACGCCAAGAUGUUGCUUUUCUUGGAACCGAAUUUCUCAAACUGGAUGCUCGUGCUAGAGAGGAUACUGAAAAAAUUGACCGUAAUGUGAAGGAAAAAGCUAGUUGGCUUAGUCGUAUUGCUACUUUGUUGAAGGAUAAAGCUCAGUCCAGAUUGAAAAAUGCUGCUGAUGAGCAUUGGAGCGAUGGGGCUUUAGAGGCUGAUUUACGUCUCGCAGACUUCCGUGCUAAGCAGCGUGCAAUGGAAGAUGCCUUUAUGGCCUUGGAGCUUAUAAAAAACAUCCAUGACAGGAUGGUGAGCAAGAUGUAUAACUUUCCACUUCGCAGAGAUAAAGGCUCACUUUCGGAAAACAGUGUAAGAGGUCGAAUAAUGCUUGAAAAGAAUGGAAAAACCACAAAUUCCUUUCCAGGGGAUGUGACCACAGAAAGGAUUGCAGCUCUUCAGGAAGCAUACUGGAGUAUGGCAUCAGCACUUUCUGAAGCAGAUGGAAUAGACUACACUGAUCCUGAAGAGCUUGAAUUGUUGAUCAGAACUCUUAUAGAUCUGGAUGCAAUGGACGGUAAACAGAGUGUAUCUUUGUUGUUAGAGUGCUCCAGUUCCCCUGAUGUCAGCACUAGGCGUGCUUUAGCCAAUGCACUGGCAGCCGCACCAUCCAUGUGGACUCUUGGAAAUGCAGGGAUGGGGGCCCUACAAAGACUGGCAGAAGAUAGCAACCCAGCCAUUGCUGUUGCAGCAUCCAAAGCUAUCUAUGAACUGAAAAAACAAUGGGAAAUAGAUGAAGGUGAUAGCUGGAGGUUUAUGAUGGAUGAAAACACCACCAUGGAAGAAAAAGGAAGCAGAGAAUCUGAUAAUAAAGAAGAUAACAAAUGAGAAAUAAUUGAAACACUGCAUUGUACAGCAUAGUUGCCUCCCAAAUAUACUAACUAGUAUAGGAUUAACCCUCGCAAUCACUAGAAACAAAACUAUUGCUAGUGUAAGAUGGCAAUGUGUUGGGUAUGUGCAUCAUAAAAUGAAGAGCUUUCCUCAUAUAUUCAUAGAUCAUAGAUGCAUAUUUGUGAUUAUACUUGUUUGUAUGAAGGAGCUUUCCGUACAUUACACAUUGCUCAGUUGCUCUUUCAUCUGCUACAGCACUGGGGUUGGGCCGUUCAUUGUCAUAAUAUACAUGAUGGAGGCACCUUAAACGCUGCAUAGUGGUACAUUAUUAGUAGUACAACAGUACCAAGGUUGUUUGAGCAUUGCAGAGAAAUUUCUUCCCUUGAUGUUAGAUUAUUUGAACAUUAUUAGAUUGAUGCAUGGGACAAUCAUUCUUGAAAUAAACGUCUGCCAAAAAAUGGGGUUUUAUUUCACCUCUUCAUUAUGUUACUAAGCAUUUUAUAA